GCGCACUGAGUGUAUAUAGUUGUUUAAAAACAUUGCAGUGAUUUCAUCGUCUUUAUGAAUACUACCACACAGAUGUACCAUGUCAACGGACAUAUUCAAAAGGUGGAUUUUAUUCAGGAAUGAACGAGGACAUUAAAAAUGUGGGAGAAGUGGCACGCCAAAAUUGAAGUAGAGUGUGUGUUCGCUCGCCUCUUCAGGGAUUAAGACAUAAACAUUCUGUUCCCCAUAAGAUGAAGACGCCAGUGAGAACUUUAACCGUCCUGUUUAUGGGGCAUUGGCUCGUCGCCUGCAGCCCAGCCGGCACAACUGAUGUCCUGGGCCCAGAGUAUUUUUCUGUUUCUAACAUCUCCUCGCUCCUGCUGGAUGAAGCGUCUGGCGUUCUGUACCUGGGAGCGCGUGACUCCAUCCUGGCUGUGAACGCCUCCACCCUCUCCACGACACACCCAGCGAUCUUGUGGAGUGUUCCAGAAGAGAAGAGGAAGAUCUGUGAGAUGAAGGGCAAGAGUGAGGCCGACUGCCACAACUACAUCCUGGUGCUGCAGUUUGUGAGUGAGGGUCAGAUCUACGCCUGUGGUACCUAUGCCUUUGACCCGCAGUGCACUUUCAUCAACAGAGCAGAUUUCUCUCUGGAGGUGCAGGCUGAUGGCAGUAUGAAGAUGGAGACAGGGAAGGGGAAGUGUCCAUUUGACCCAAAAUACUCACACACUACUGUAACAGCAGAUGGGAUUCUCUACAGCGGCACCAGCAGUGACUUCAUGGGCACUACCGCACACAUCGCCCGGGCAACGGGCAGCGAGGGGCAGCGUGUGCGCACCUUGGAGUCCUCCGCCUGGCUCAGAGCGCCUACAUUUGUAAGCUCUGCUGUGGUACGGUGGAGUCAGGGCUCCUCUGGGAAUGAUGAUGAUGAUGAUGAUGAGAUCUUCUUCUUCUUCAUGGAAGAGGCAGAGGAGUACAACUUCUACAGCAAGGUCAACGUGCCUCGAGUGGCCCGCGUCUGCAAGGGGGAUGUCGGUGGCAGGAAGACCCUGCAGAAGCGCUGGACGUCCUUCAUGAAGACGGGCCUGGUGUGUGAGGCCCGAGGCGAACACUACACCAUCCUGCGCGCCGUCUUCACCCUGCAGCACCAGCAGGGGGAGCCAGAGAGCACACACUUCUACUGCGUACUCAGCUCUCAGUGGGGCGAUGUAUCUGCAGUUUGUGUGUACAGUGUGGCUGAUGUCGUGGAGGCCAUGAAGGGCCCAUUUAAACAGAAGAAGAGCUGUGAGAGCUCGCCCAAUCCAGAGGCUGCUCUCAAGCCCCGCCCUGGACAGUGCAUCGGUCGUGACCUGAAGGCGGAAGGGUUUGAGUCCUCGCUCAGUCUGCCCGACAGUGUGCUGUCCUUCCUGAGGGACCACCCCAUGAUGGAGAACAGUGUGUCUGCAGCGCCCCUCCUGGUCCGGAGGGGAAUCACAUACAACACGAUUACUGUAUCCAACCACAACCCUGCAGCCAUCCUACACCUGGGCACAGAUACAGGGGAGCUGCACAGUGUCUCAGUGGGGGGUCAGGAUGCCACCCUUCUCCAGGAGAUCCCACUGUUCAACACACCUGUAAACAACAUCCUGUUACACCAGGAGGGGGUGAUGGUGAGCUCAGGUCAGUCUCUGGCUCGUGUGGCUGCAGGGGGCUGCAGUCUGUACCCAAACUGUGAGCUGUGUGUCCUCACCAAGAGCCAGGGCUGUGUGUGGAGAGGGGAGACCUGCACCCCCUCCUCAUCCAGCUCUGACUGUGCUGAUCUCUGUGUUUCAGCGGCUCAGAGGCUCAGGGGCCUGAGGUGGUGUGUGAGACUGCAGACGUGCGCUGCUCCCCCACCGUGCAGGAGCUCCGCGUGAGGGCGGGGCUGCAGAUCGUCCUGCCCUGCGUACAGCUGGCGCCCCGCCCCUGCUUCUGGACCCACCCCCCCGGCCGCCACACC